AUGCGCCUUCAUCUUAUCAUUCACCGGCAUGAGCUACCGGUUACGCGCCUCUUAUGGAGUACUCCUGUAACGCAGAAUUCUGGCUUACCGUUGUCCCGCCAACCUUCGGCCUUGUCGUCCUUCACAAGUUCGGGCCCUGCCUCUGUUCGUACUCUAAGCGCCAGUGCAAGCUUUAACACUGCCUAUACCUCUACCGGUGCUGCUGGUGGUGGUAACGAUGCCAAUUAUAUCAUUUCUCAGCUGUUGGCAGACGUAAACGAGGUGGUACCACUGGGAGCCGCAGUGAGUACUGGAGAUGCAGCACAUGAUAAUAGCGAGCACUGGUUCCUCCAUGACUAUGUUGUGGAAGUCAUGAACUCGGAAUGCUUACAUUUUAUGCGUGUUGAUGCUCUGCUUAGAGAAGGUGACGAGGUUGUUAUUCGUCCCCUUGACCCUGAAGACAUAGCCACUAGAAUAGCAACGGGAAGACGCCAAAUAGCUGCUAACGGAACAUACCUAAUUGAUGGCGUCCCUUUCGGAAAAUCAAGACAAGAUCUCAAACGGACAACAGUGUCUAGACCGUCUAUCAAUAUUCCUCCCAGAAAUAAGAGAAGACGAUUGGAAACCGGAGACUGGAGCCAUGGUGGUGGGUUGGAGGCCACUUUACCGCUUAACGAUACGACCGUGGUAAUUGAAGAUGUUGCCGCUCGGAGGGAAGACGUCGUGCGCUCAGAGGAGCCGCCCACCACACAAGCCCAGGCCGUUACGGAAACCCAAGAAGAAGAAGCUACAGCCGGAGAUGAGGAAAAGUGCCUGUCUACUGUUGCCGGGGGUGUACCUGUUGAGCCACCCGUAAUAGAAAUGGAGAGUGUAAUAGCUUCCACUCCCAACGUUAAGCGGCGUAAAACCCCACACCUCACGCCCGAGAAAGUUCAAUUGCCAGGCCCCGAAGACAAAAGUCACCUGGAAGAGCCGUCUAACAAAUGUUCGUCGGAAGAGGAAAGUUCUAGUUCUGAUGAAGAUGACUCUGGUAAUGAUAGCAGUUCAGACUCAGAUUCAGACUCGCAUUCCAACUCAGAUUCGGAGCCAGAUUCCAACUAUGAUUCAAGUUCAGACAUUAGUUCCAGCUCUGAUUCAACUUCUUCCGACUCGGACUCAGAUUCUGAUUCCAGCCCUGGCUCCUCACCAAAGGUACCCUCGAGCAACAAUAAACCAUCCGAACUAGAAACAAAUAAAAAGAAUAGCACCGAAAAAGGACAAGUCAACCCACCGGGCCACGGAACAGUACGUACAAAACGCAGCAAUCUAAGGGCAAAAUGGCGCAGAAGAUUGCUCCGACUAAAAAUUGCGGGGAUUUUAGAUAAAGACGCUAAUUUUGAUGACAUGCGGGCCUGGGAGAAUGGCAAAGGAGGUUCUGCAGCCAUAGACUCUAUGCUGGAGGUAAUAACUUCUAAGGAAAAAUCAGACUUUGAGAAGAAGAGAGAGCAGCUACUACGGGACAUAGCGGAAGGAGGUGUUGAGAUACCAUCUCCAUCGAGCGAAAAAAGAAAGCAUCAAGUGGUUUCGCAAGCUGUCGAGGUAGACAGCAUUCAUACUUCGACUCCAGCUCAGGAUAAAGCUUCUCCCUUAUCAAAUUCUACCGCCUCAACGAGGCAAUCGAAACUAGAUAUUGCCAGCACUCGGCGUCUUCUAUUCGGCUCUUUGGGCGUCAAGCCUCCCAAAACGAAAGAGGAAGAAGAGCAGACUCGAAAUAAACUUGCACAAAAAUAUAGUUUAACCCCAAAGGUUACUGCAAAGAAACCCAGGUGUAUCACUUCGGAACCUUCAAAAGAAGUAAUCCAGCCAGUUGAGAAUUGGCAGGACAGGAUCGUUCUAAAGGCCACGGAAUGUGUUUAUGAUGAUAUCGAACUCUCUACGCCUCCAUUCCCCUUUGUACAAAGAUGGGAUGCCGAUGCUCAUGCUGUCAUUCAAGAGUUACGUGCUAGCCAGGCGCCUCAGAGCAAGAAAAGGAAAAAGAAUAAGCACAAACGGCAAUCUUGCUCUAAUAGUGCCAAUGAGAAACUAUAUGCGGAAGGGUAUAAUCAGAAUUAUGAUUAUAUAAAUGAGGAUGUUACCCUCGACUACGGGGACGAGGCCAAAGCCAAGCCGCAUAACAAUGGACCUAUACCCGGUCUUAAAGAUUUUAAAGCACAGGACAAAAUAGAACCGGCGGAUGACGAUCUACCUCCAUUACCAACAGAUAUAUCAACGUUACCUAAUGCGGACAAAAGCAAUUUAUGGCCUGGGGCUAUUUUUGCAUUCAAACAACUGGACCUCUCGAAAGCUACGAAUUGGCAACCCCAAGUAUCUCCAUAUCGCACUGCAAUUGUAGAGAAUAUCACUUCAAGCGAUAUAAUCACAUUUCGCCUUGCCAAACGCGAUCGAGAUGUACUAGAAACUGAUGAGGCGGAUGAAAAUAACCCUCGAAGUUAUACCAAGUUCGAAAUGCCUGGUUUUGAUGAGGUGGAUGAGGAAGACGAUGGUUUGAGGGAUCUUGAGAUCCAUAACCUCAUUGAUGCAAAACUGGUUAGCGCUGCUGCGCGUGUGUCCGCGAAUAAGCCAAGAGAGCAACUUGCAGAUAUAGAAGAGGACCCGGUAAAGCUCCGGGAGGAAGAAGGGUUGGAAGAUCUGGCGGAUGAGCCGACAGAUUUAGGUAAUGAGGUGGCGGAGACGCAAAACGUUCGCCUUACUGAGCAAGCGCCUCUUCUUACCUCUUCACCGCCAGGGGAUAUACAUGUUUCCUCUCCUAGCCGCCGGGAAAUAUCGCAGCUCAUCAGAGAUGCUGGAUUUAGAUCGUCUGUAAAUUCUGAGUUGGCCGCCCCUAAUAAUGACGAGGUUGUGCGAGACAGCGGUCCCAAUCUGGAAGAGAAUAAGCAGGACGACACUGAAGAAACUAUUCAGGAACGCAGCUCUGGGGGUGAGGCUGCCGUGCAAGAAAACGGCCCUCUUCCACAGGAGAAUGAGCAACACGACGUUGGAGAAUCCCUUCGUGAAAAGAGCCCGUUUAUCGCAUCGCCUAAAUUCACCGGCUUUGAUUAUAUCCCAUCCCCAGAAGCAUCAGCGGAAGCUCCUGCAGAAUCUGAACCUCGCAAAUCUCCGAGUCCUCCCUUGGAUUCCACCGUUCCAGAAACAAAAUUAUCCCCGUUGUCCGCUUUAGAAAACUGGAUAUCUGCGAACACCUCCACACAUGGUAGCGAUAGAGAAAACGCACCUCAACCGCCAAACAAUUUCAACGAGCCUGAUUUGUCGGACGAUGACAGUGAUAGCAAUACAAACUCGCUCGUACCUAACCCAUUUUACGAAAUUGACCAUCUCUCCGAUAAUGACCCGGACCCAACAAUUGAGGACCUCCUUGCGGAGUCCACCCCAUGCCCACCAAAGACAUUAAAACCAUUAUCUAAUUAUCAGCCUGCUGGAUCAACCUCACCACCACCAAAAGACAGUCCUCACAUGAAAACUCAGCAUCCAGCAACAAAAUCCACUUCACCUCCGUCACAUGAAGAUAACUUUCCCACUGCAGAAGUUCAUGAUAGAAAUGAAGACAGCCAGCCCUCCGCGUCUCAGAUUCCCGAAGGGUCAGUAGUGGUAGACCUAACUUUGUCGAGUGAUCCAGCAGCAGAUGAUGAAGACUUUGAGGAGGACUCGUCACUGUUCCAUGGCCCCGGAUGGGUGGCUAAACGCAAACCAAAACCAAAGCUGAAGCCCAAAGCUAAUAAACGAGGUCGGGGAGGGCGGCAUGGAAGAAGCCAAAGACGUGGCCGACGUUCAAUACUAGAGAUUAAUAGGAGCAUUGUUUGA